UGCCCACCUGGCACGCGUCAGCCAGCAAGCGCGCAAUGCCACGUCACCAUGACAUCGCCCCUGCGUACUAUUAGUCAUGACCACAUGGUCCCCCGCUGCUGCCGGGAUUUCCGCCGCAAGGGCCGCCGUCUUUCUCGGCCUGGUCCUCCUCCUUUCCUCCGCGCAUCCGGCGCAGUCGGAGCGCCUCUUCGGGUCGCUGUUAAGAAUAGGACGCGAGUUCGCCGCGACGCGCCUUAGAUGGCCUACUAACAAGGACCCGCCUACGAUCCCCUCGCUAGCGCAGCUCCCCCCAGAACCCGACCCGCGCAUCGAUAACUAUGACUUGGAAGGGGAUGCGAUCGAUGCGGCCAGUCUCAAGCUGCCACGUGGCCCGCCGGAGCUGUCGGAUCCGGAGCUCCGGGUGAGGCUCGGCAGCGUCGCCCGAAGUAAGGAGUCGUGGCUCGGCAGAGCGAUGGACAUGGACGAGGCGUGGGCGGCGUGGGAUAAGGCCGUGGGAUGCGCCGCGUUCCGAUCCAAGCACGCAGAUUUGAUUGCCGAGUACCAGAAUGCCACGUGGCCCGAGAGCAGCAGCUUCCAGGAUGCGUCCUCUCCACCGUGUUCGGCUCUCAGGCUGCCUCAUGUCACGAUUCAGGUGGUUUCCUCGCCCUCCGUGCCUGACUGGCUGGACGGGCUCUUCGCCUGCCCGUGCCGCCUCUCCUGCUCCUUCUCCCGCAGCGCCGCCCUCGCCGCCUCCCCGCACGCGCUGCUCUACGAGGGCGAGUUGCCCCGAAAUAUGAGCAACCAGCAGCGCGACAAGGAGGAGGGAGGUCGGCCCCUUGUUGUGCGCAUGGACAUGGAGGGACAUGUGGCCACGGACGCACCGCCACAGCAUGCUCAUGCUCAUGCUCAUGCUCAUGCUCAUGGUGCUGCUGAUGGUGCUGCUGAUGGUGCUGCUGAUGGUGCUGCUGAUGGGGCUGCUGAUGGUGGUGGUGCUGGUGAUAAUGGUGGUAGUGGCAGCAGCAGUGGUGGUGCGGAUGUGACAGUAGGGUAUGGCCCGGAUGCGGAUGUGCAGGUGACGUACGCGGGGCAGCUGGAGCAUGCUGACCGCAACCGACACGUGUCUGGGGUCAAGAGGAAGGGUCCUCCUCUCAUCCACGCUGCAUCUCGGCCGUCCUCCUGGCGCGAGCGCAUUGGAGCGGUGGUGCGGCGCAUGGCGCACAGCAUUGGCAGCCGCACCAACAACAUGAAGGAGGAUGACGCCGAUGUGCUCGCUACAUACACCAUGUGCCGGUAUGCAGGCAUGCACGGUCAGAGGGUGGACUCGGACGGUGGGGGAGGGAGCAAGGGGAAGGGCGUAGGUGAGAAUAAGGAGAGGGGGGCCAAAGAGAGUGAGGGGGAGGGCGUGAUUGAGUCUGCAGCAACAGCAGAAGCAAUGCGAGUGGUGGAGGAACGAGGAGGAGGAGGAGGAGGAGGAGGAGGAGGAGGAGGAGGAGGAGGAGGAGGAGGAGGAGGAGGAGGAGGAGGAGGAGGAGGAGGAGGAGGGGAGGGGGUGGGGGGAAGGGGGGGGAGAGGGGAGGAGGCAGCAGAGUGGACUGAACAAGCUGAAGAGCGCCCAAGGCGGCCAAUGAGCAUGCGAGAGAUACGCCUUGGAGGGAUACGCCUUGGAGGGAUACGCUUUGGUGGGGGGGGUGUGUGGGGGCGGAGUGAGGAGAGCUGGGAGGAGGAGGAGGACGCAGGGGCGGGGAUGCGCGGGGGGGGGCACAAGGACUGGUGGGACCACUUGCACUGCGUGCAGUCACACUACCUCUUCAACCUUGUUAUAGAGUCACGCGAGGAGAGGGGCUUCGUGACAGAGAAGUUCUUCCAUGCGCUGGACGCAGGCACCGUGCCAGUGUACUAUGGAGCACCUGACAUUGACAGCUUUGCUCCCCCGGACUCGUUUCUGAAUGCGGAUUUGGUGCAUCGGGACGAGUUAAGGCGCACCAUAGCCUCAGUUGCUGAGGACCCGGUGAAAUACGCCAACUUCCACGCCUGGCGCAGGUGUGGAGUAUUGGGUCAUUACCAGCGUGCGCUUAGUCUCAGCAUCGACUCAUUUCCUUGCAGAUUGUGCGCGCAUAUAAGCAGCAGAAGUGUCGGCAUUUCCUCUUAAAAUUGUAAUUGUAUGUUGUAGUGUUGCUGAUGUCAUCCAGCGGUGUAGGAUUGUAAUGUAAUGCGUGCAAGACGUUGCAUCGAGCUCCUAACAGCGAGGACCAUC